GUGGAUCUGGUUGCUUGUUUGCGUCUCUUUUUCAUGCUAAAAGUAGGUUCGGUUCAAAUCGGCAGCACCUACUUUGCCCUGCAAUUAACGGCCCCGUGUGUCCUGUUCCCCGUUCAUCCAUCCAUCCAUGAUCCAUCCCAGGAGUAUAUAAAAGCGAGCCCGGCCAUUCAUGUUUCCUGUCGGAGCUCCAUUUCUUGAAUUCCCCUUGCCGGCUUCUCGCCGCCGAGCUCCGAUCGACCGCUGCGCCAUAUGUUGCCCGCCACCUCGUUCUUUGCAUCAGAUCCGCGGCGUUGUGGCUCCGCGUUCUGCAUUGUGAACCAGAAACGGAGGGGGGGGCGACGAACCGAUCGAGUAAUCGCGGUUCACGAGACAUCUUCACGACGUCCUCGUGAGACGCACCCAUGGCGGCCGCCGAUCAGGACAGCAGUUCUGCGGUUCCGCCAUCGAUGAGGAGGCAGAUGUCGGACUCCGGCGGCCACAAACUCUCCGAAUCGAACUCCUUCUCGACGGCCCCGGCCGCGUCGCCAUCGACGGCAUCGUCGUCCGGACAGGCGGGCGAGCUCGACGACAGGCGGUCGUCCUCGUCCUCCACGUCCUCCUACGGGAGCUUCUACCAGAUCGACUCCUCUUCCACGUCCUCUUCUUCCUUCCACGACUUCGGCGACCCGUCGACAGAGGCGCCGCCCGUCCAGGCCAUGACGGCGCAGCCUGCCGGAUACGACCCGAAGCGGCUCCCUUCGUCCAUGUUCCGCACGCAGUGGAGCGCCACGUCCAACGAGUCGCUCUUCAGCAUCCAGCUCGACCGGUUGCCCUCCGGCGCGGCAGAGGCUGGCGCGGUCUACGGCGACCUCUACUACGAUACCGCGGGGGUCUUCCACCGGCUCUCCUCCGCGGGGCGCGACCCCGCGUGGAAGCUGUCUGCCGCGGCAGAGGCCGAGGCUCCGCCUGGCGUCCCCAGCGGGGGUUUGUGCGUGAAGGAUGACUGCGCGAGGUGCGGCAGCAUGACCAGGAAGCCCGUCCGGUUCGCCAACGCCGCCGGCUCGGCCAAGCACGUACCGACCCUUCCGGCUGCGAUGGAAGAGGAGCCGGAGGAGCCGGCGCCGGCGGCGGAGGGUUGGAGCUUGUUCGGCGGCUGGUGCUGUCCGUCGAUGCGGUGGCCAAGCUGCGCAUGCUGGGGCUGCGACACCUGCCGCUGCUGACGUCGGUGUUCAUGCAUGGAUUUGGAUGCUAGGGAAAUUUGGAAUUCAUUGAACUCGAUCUUGUUGCUCUGUCGUGGGAGGGUGUGCAUAGAGCGGGUAGCUUGUAUUCCCUCCGUUCCUAUAUACUUGUUGCUCUUUUAGUUCAAGUAUGUACUAAAACAACGAUAAGUAUUUAGGAACGGACAGAGAUUAUUUGGGAGUUGCUUCCGGCAAGGAGAAUACGAUUGCUGCCUCCUAAUAAUAAUAACAACAGUUUUGCUACUAGCUCA